GGGAGGGGAGCGCGCGCCAGCUGUCUGCGCGCGCGCACGCUCGCCUCCUCCUGCCGCCCCCCGCCCAGCAGCCUCGCGCUGCUCCUCCUCGCGCACAUAGCACUCCGGAGCGGCUCCUCUUCGCAGCGCCGCUGCAGUCUGGCUGCUCGGCUCCAAGUUUCCCCAUCUUCAACAUCCUCCUCUCUGGAGACUAGCGCACGGGGGGACUCCCCCUCGCCCACCCCUUCUCGGAGCGCCUCCUACUGCUGCUCCCAGGUUUUGCAAAGAGCAGCUAUGAAGAGGAAACUGACACUCUACAAGAUGCCGUUGGUUCUUCUCGUUUUGUUGGUGGGGGUGCCAACAAGAUCAGUGCUGGCUGACUCCCUAGAAGAUGAAGCUAAGAAUAACAUCACCAUCUUUACAAGAAUACUAGACCGACUUCUGGAUGGUUAUGAUAAUCGUCUUAGACCUGGAUUAGGAGACAGUAUAACGAAAGUCUUCACUAAUAUCUACGUAACCAGCUUUGGACCUGUUUCAGACACGGACAUGGAGUACACAAUAGAUGUUUUCUUCCGUCAAAAAUGGAAAGAUGAGAGGUUAAAGUUUAAAGGCCCAAUGAACAUCCUUCGACUGAACAACUUAAUGGCUAGCAAAAUCUGGACCCCAGACACAUUCUUUCACAAUGGGAAGAAGUCAGUUGCUCAUAACAUGACAAUGCCAAACAAACUACUACGAAUCCAGGAUGAUGGAACUCUCUUGUAUACCAUGAGGCUUACAGUCCAAGCGGAAUGUCCAAUGCACUUGGAAGACUUUCCUAUGGAUGCUCAUUCAUGCCCGUUGAAAUUUGGCAGCUAUGCUUACACAACUUCAGAAGUGACCUACAUUUGGACUUACAAUGCAUCUGAUUCCGUACAGGUUGCACCGGAUGGCUCUAGAUUGAAUCAGUAUGAUUUGCUGGGCCAAACAGUGGGAAAGGAGACAGUUAAAUCGAGUACAGGUGAAUAUACGGUAAUGACGGCUCAUUUUCACUUAAAGAGAAAAAUUGGUUAUUUUGUGAUUCAGACUUACCUCCCCUGCAUCAUGACAGUCAUUCUCUCCCAAGUGUCAUUCUGGCUGAACAGAGAAUCUGUACCUGCAAGAACAGUCUUUGGAGUAACAACUGUGUUGACAAUGACAACACUGAGCAUCAGUGCACGAAAUUCCCUCCCCAAAGUAGCUUAUGCAACAGCCAUGGAUUGGUUUAUUGCUGUUUGUUAUGCAUUUGUAUUCUCUGCAUUGAUAGAAUUUGCCACUGUAAAUUACUUCACAAAACGAGGAUGGGCAUGGGAUGGAAAAAGCGUAGUCAAUGAUAAGAAAAAAGAAAAAGCAUCUGUCAUUAAGAAAAACAAUGCCUAUGCAGUGGCUGUUGCCAAUUAUGCUCCAAACAUUACCAAGGACUCAGUGCUACCAACAAUCUCCAAGAGUGCUACCACCACAGAAACCAACAAGGCAAAGCCAGAAGCCAAACCGCAAGAAGCAAAGAAAACAUUCAACAGUGUUAGCAAAAUUGACAGAAUGUCUAGAAUAGUGUUUCCAGUCUUAUUUGGUACUUUUAACUUAGUGUACUGGGCUACAUAUUUAAACAGGGAACCUGUCUUACUUGGGUUUGCUCCCUCAACCUAAAAUCUAAAUUACACUGGGGAUGUAUAGAAUCAUUAUAUAUCAGAUAGGUUGUUUUGCUAUGUACAGUACGACUAAUAACUGCUAAUCUGUGAACCAAUAUGUACAGAGUGUAUAUAGAUAACUUAUCCGUGUAUCUCCAAAGGAGGCACACAAUGUUUAUUCAUGGAUCUGUAAACAGAUAACACCCAUGGCUAAUAUAGCCAGCUCUUUAGAACUUCUACCCAGGGGAUUUCCUUAAAACUGGGAUUCAAAUACACAGAAUUAUAUCCUCUCCAUACAAUUAGAGGAAAAUAUGGUCCCGCAUAACUAUUUAGGAACAGUAUUUUUUUAAUUUAAAGUUAAAAUAUUUUUCUAUAAAAUAACUGAUUCUACUUUAAUGGGAAAAGCGGUCAUUAAAAUGAUUUUUUUUUAAACUUAUUUCAUACAAUGGAAGUGCCCAUGUACAUAUUAUAGAAUGAUGAGCUCAAACUAUUCUGUUGUUCACAACUAUUUUGGAAAGUAGUUGUGUUUAAAACUUAGUAAAGACUAUUGGAAUGCCAAGGCCAUUAGUUCCUUACUUCUAGACCUCCUUUGAACUUGUUAAUGAAGUAUUCCAACUCAUUUAAGUGAGCAGUAGCGGUUAAUCAAAUUUCUAGCAUCAAUCAACUUCUACUAGAAAAACUGUUUUAUUCUCCUCCGUGUUUGUUUCUCUGAGGUUGCUGAACCAAGUUCUCUUAUUCAGCAAGGUCAGAAAAGUUUUUUUUUUUUUUUUUUAAAUUAGAUUGUCAGGCUCAUAAAUAUUGGUAAUUGACACUCAGAAAUUUUUCAGGGUCAAGUAUAUCACAAAUAUAAAAUGCUCUUUUUCCUGCCUAGUAUGUACAGGAAAAUCUGCCUUAAAAAGGCUUCCUCACAUCUGCCCACAGGAGCCACUGUUUUCAAAGGAAACAGCAGUUUGUGAUUGCAAUCCAGGAAGUUGUCCUCAUGGAUAAUAUUUAUUGCAGCUUUUGUAAAUUGCAACUUUACAUUUCAAUGACAUAACUUAACAACUUUGUAUACUAGAAAGGGUUUUGCUAAGAUGUGAAUGUUAUUUUUAAUAAACUUCAGUGCAUCAUCAGUAAUUGUCAGUUAUUUCACACACAAAAUAUAACAAAAUUGGAGCUGCCAUCUGCAAUUUUAUAUGAAUAUUUAAUGUUAGUAAAAUUAAUUUUCAUCUGAACCUUUGCAAAUAUUCCUUAUGCCCUAAAAGGCCUGGUAAAUUAUGGCAUAACUAAUAAUUGUGCACUGUAUUUAGAUUUUAA